AAUUACUCGAGAUCGAGCGAUUUGGCGGAGGAUCUGAUGGCGGGCCGAGCAGACUGGGCGCUGGCGACUCGCGCGCCCGACUUGGCCGGCGCGACGCACUGGGUGCUGGUCGGGGACUCGCACCUCAGGUACCUGUUCGACGUCCUCAUCCGCCGGGCGCGUGGCGUUGGACUCCAGUACAGGAAGAAGGACUCCGACGAGUGGCGUCCCGCUCACCUGCUGCUGAGAAGCUUCCGACUUCACACCACAUACGAGGAUUUCAAAGCUCGCCACUUGGCCGUUCCUUUCCGCGUGACCUUCUACUGGGACCCUCUCCUCCAGAGGCUCCCGACUCUCGUGAAGGGCUGGGAGGAGAAUCGCCGCUCGGCUCCCACGCUGGUCAUCCUUGGCUCUGGACUCCACUGGAUGCUUAAUACAGAGCCUCUGUACAAAGAAUCAGGUCCAGAUGCUGCGAUGGGCAUGUAUAGUGAUCAUCUCCACAGUUUAUCAAACGACCUCAUCCGUCUAGCAAACACUGUACCCACGAUCUUCAAACUUCUCGACGAAGUUCCGACAGCGCAUGACAACUCACAGAUUCAUCCCCAGUACAACGUGGAAAACUUUGAGUUAUUUAAUCGCGUGAGCCGACAGGCCUUGGCGGGAACCCGAGUGCUUGUGUGGGACAGCGGCUUGCCUCUUGCCCAGGCCUACACGAGGGAAUGCCUGGCGACACACGUUGUCACGUAUCCAGACUACAGAUGGAAGUGCCAUGACGCAAGACACGUGGGAUACAUAUUGGUGGAGCAAUAUGGUGAUAUGAUACUAAAUUUCGCAUGUAAUAAAUAUAUGGAUCUAUCAAGUGAAUUCUGUUUGUAAUUUUUCAUCGUAUAAACAGAGUCACAUAAAUAGCAUCAUCAUAUACUUUGAUUAUUUUUAUUGAAUGUCGAGUUGUUAACCGUUAAUCACGUUACAACUGAAGUGUUAUCGUAUGUUGGUUGUACAAUAAAAAUAUAGUGAA